AUGCUUUCCUCCUACGCUCCUGUGAUAUCAGCUGAGAAGGCUUAUCAUGAACAGUUAUCAGUUGCUGAGAUAACCAACAGUGCGUUUGAGCCUUCUUCUAUGAUGGUGAAAUGUGAUCCGAGGCAUGGGAAGUAUAUGGCGUGUUGUUUGAUGUACAGAGGGGAUGUGGUUCCGAAGGAUGUGAAUGCUGCGGUGGCGACGAUUAAGACGAAGAGGACGAUUCCGUUUGUGGAUUGGUGUCCGACUGGGUUUAAGUGUGGGAUUAAUUACGAGCCGCCGACUGUUGUGCCAGGUGGCGAUUUGGCAAAGGUGCAACGUGCGGUUUGUAUGAUUAGUAAUUCGACUUCGGUUGCGGAGGUGUUUUCGAGGAUUGACCAUAAGUUUGACUUGAUGUAUGCGAAGAGGGCUUUUGUGCAUUGGUAUGUCGGGGAGGGGAUGGAGGAAGGGGAGUUUAGUGAAGCGAGGGAGGAUUUGGCUGCGCUUGAGAAGGAUUAUGAGGAGGUUGGUGCUGAAGGGGGGGAUGAUGUGGGUGAUGAAUCAAUGAAAGCUAAAGUCAAAAGUUUGUUAGUUGGUGUGAUUCCUGAUGGACAGAUGCCAAGUGACAAAACAGUCGGAGGAGGCGACGACGCUUUCAACACCUUCUUCAGCGAAACCGGCGCCGGAAAACAUGUCCCACGCGCCGUCUUUGUAGAUCUCGAACCCACCGUCAUCGAUGAAGUCAGAACCGGAACCUACCGCCAGCUCUUCCACCCUGAACAACUAAUCAGCGGCAAAGAAGACGCUGCUAACAACUUCGCACGUGGCCACUACACAAUUGGGAAAGAAAUCGUGGACCUCUGUUUAGACAGAAUCCGAAAACUAGCUGACAACUGCACUGGACUCCAAGGCUUCCUAGUCUUCAAUGCCGUAGGCGGCGGCACCGGCUCUGGUCUAGGCUCUCUCCUACUCGAACGCCUCUCCGUUGACUAUGGAAAAAAGUCAAAACUCGGGUUCACAGUCUACCCAUCUCCCCAAGUCUCAACAUCAGUAGUCGAGCCCUACAACAACGUCUUAUCAACCCACUCCCUUCUAGAACACACCGACGUCGCGAUUCUUCUCGACAACGAAGCCAUCUACGACAUCUGCCGCCGGUCACUAGACAUCGAAAGGCCAACCUAA